CUGUGACCGGCUUUUAAUAAAUCGAGGAAAACUUCAAAAUGUCUAUCUAAGCGAGAACCCCUCUCAAUUGGGACAACUACAAGCGAGGAACAUUUUUUUUCUCUCCUUGAUAGAUCACAGAAAUGUUCUACUAAGGUUACGUAAUGAAUAUUAGUGAAACAAAGCUAUUAAUUUUAAAUAAAGACAGCUACCAUCAUUCUAAAAGGUCGAAUGAAUCAUCUCCUGCAACGCUCUUUCUCACCUUUUUUUUAGAUGACUUGAGUGGAGAUAAUGUCUUUCUUUUUUUCACACUUUUGGUAUCGAUCUUGGAACCGCUGGACGAUAGUAGCUUUCUGUUUAGAUCUGAACCGUUGGAGUUGGAUAAAGCCUUAAACUUAAAUUUGCUAGAUUUAUUUAGUUUGGAAGAAUCAUAAGAUUCCAUCAUUUUUUUCUCAUGGUCUUGCUUCUGAUGUGCUAAGUGCUCAUACUUAUUAAGUUUCCGUGAUUUUUUUUUCUUCUGCUG